CCUGUGGUGUCUUGUUGUUAUUUUUGUACAGGAGAAGCAGCCUGUGGUGUCCUGUUAUUAUUAUUAUUUUCUCAUACGUCCUAGAGGAUGCUGGAGACUCCGUAAGGACCAUGGGGUAUAGACGGGAUCCGCAGGAGACAUGGGUACACUAUUAAGACUUUGAAUGGGUGUGAAAUGGCUCCUCCCUCUAUGCCCCUCCUCCAGACCUCAGUUAGAUUCUGUGCCCAGGAGAGACUGGUCACACACUAGGGGAGCUCUACUGAGUUUCUCUGGAAAAAGACUUUAUGUUAGGCUUUUUUAUUUUCAGGGAGACCUGCUGGCUACAGGCUCCCUGCAUCGUGGGAGUGAGGGGAGAGAAGUCAGACCUACUUCUUCUUAGUUCAAGGGCUCUGCUUCUUAGGCUACUGGACACCAUUAGCUCCAGAGGGUUCGAUCACUUGGUGCGCCUAGCUGCUUGUUCCCGGAGCCGCGCCGUCACCCCCCUCAGAAGACAGAAGCCGGGUGAGUAUGAGAAGAACAGAAGACAUCAGACGGCAGAAGACUUCAGUAACGGAAGAACUCCAGCUGUGGGGAACGGAGUCUUUAUUACACAUCACAUGUUCUGUAUUCUCUCUGAUUCACCGAGGAUGGACAAGGACAGGAGUCACAGGACUGAGAGUAUAAUAAAAAUCACCCUGGAGAUCAUCUACCUGCUGACUGGGCAGGAUUACACAAUAGUGAAGAAGACAUCCAAUGAGUAUGAGACACCCAGCAGCCAUCCCCGUGUAUCAGGAGGACUGAGUAGAACCCAGAGUCCAAUCACGGUGCCUCCACCUCACUCACUGACACAUGAGAGACACAAUGACAAGAAGAUCCUGGAACUCACCGACAAGAUCAUUCAGUUGCUGACUGGAGAGGUUCCUAUAAGGUGUCAAGAUGUCACUGUCUAUAUCUCCAUGCAGAAGGGGGAGUAUAUAGAGGAACACAGCGGUCUGUACAAGGACGUGAUGAUGGAGAAUCACCGGCCCCUCACAUCACUGGAUGGGCCCAGUAACAGAGAUACCCCAGAGAGAUGUCCCCGUCCUCUGUAUUCCCAGGAUUGUACAGAGGAGAAUCACAGGAUCCCACAGGAGGAUCAGGGUGAAGCCCAAUUAAAUAAUAUCAAAGUCAAAGAUACAGAGGGAGAAGAAGAGACGUAUGUGACUGAUAUAAAGGCAGAAGAUAUAGAGGGAGAAGAAGAGACGUAUGUGACUGAUAUAAAGGCAGAAGAUAUAGAGGGAGAUGAAGAGACGUAUGUGACUGAUAUAAAGGCAGAAGAUAUAGAGGGAGAAGAAGAGACGUAUGUGACUGAUAUGAAGGCAGAAGAUAUAGAUGGAGAAGAAGAGACGUAUGUGACUGAUAUGAAGGCAGAAGAUAUAGAGGGAGAAGAAGAGACGUAUGUGAGGGGAGAUCAGCAGUGUAAGGAGGAGGAGAUCCCUACAGAUAUCAGCACAGCAGAUGGACACACAAGCAGGAAUAUCUCAGAAGGACAUCUAAUGUUAUCCCCGGAUUGUUACAUAAAAGAUAAUGACAGUAGACCGGAUUCUCCAGGAGCUAACCCCAUUACCCCAAUUAUACAUCCAGCUCUAUCAGCUGGUCCCCCUGAUCCUGCGAAAUGUUCUCCUGAUCACUCUGAUAUUGGUGCAUCUGUUACAGCUCUGAGAGUAGAUACAGUGUUUCCAUGUUCUAUAGAUGCCAAAUGUUUUACACAGAACACAAAGCUUAUUAACCCACACACAGGUAAAAUACGUGAAAGGCCACUGAUAUGUUCUGAGUGUGGGAAAUGUUUUACAUACAAAUCGCAUCUUGUUAGACAUCAGAAAAGUCACACAGGUGAGAGGCCAUUUCCAUGUUCUGAGUGUGGGAAAUGUUUUGCACACACAUCAGAUCUUGUUAGACAUAACAGAAGUCACACAGGUGAGAAGCCAUUUUCUUGCUCUGAGUGUGGGAAAUGUUUUAUCCAGAAAUCACAUCUUGUUCUACAUCACAGAAGUCACACAGGUGAGAAGCCAUUUCUAUGUUCUGAGUGUGGGAAAUGUUUUGCGCACACAUCAGAUCUUGUUAUACAUCAGAGAAGUCACACAGGUGAGAAGCCAUUUUCUUGCUCUGAGUGUGGGAAAUGUUUUAUCCAGAAAUCACAUCUUGUUAUACAUCAAAGAAGUCACACAGAUAAGAAGGCAUUUCCAUGUUCUGAGUGUGGGAAAUGUUUUACACACAAAUCAGGUCUCGUUAGACAUAACAGACAUCACACAGGUGAGAAGCCAUAUCCAUGUUCUGAGUGUGGGAAAUGUUUUGCGCACACAUCAGAUCUUGUUAUACAUAAGAGAAGUCACACAGGUGAGAGGCCCUUUUCUUGCUCUGAGUGUGGGAAAUGUUUUAUACAGAAAUCACAUCUUGUUAUACAUCAAAGAAGUCACACAGGUGAGAAGCCAUUUCCAUGUUAUGAGUGUGGGAAAUGUUUUAUAUACAAAUCACAUCUUGAUAUACAUCAGAAAAUUCAUACAGGUGAGAAACCAUUUCCAUGUUCUGAGUGUGGGAAAGGUUUUACAAACAAAUCGCAUCUUGUUAGACAUCAGAGAAGUCAUACAGGUGAGAAGCCAUUUCCAUGUUCUGCGUGUGGGAAAUGUUUUGCAUUGAAAUCAAAUCUUGUUACACAUCAGCAAAGUCACACAGGUGAGAAGCCAUUUCCAUGUUCUGAGUGUGGGAAAUGUUUUGCACAAAAAUCAGAUCUUGUUAUACAUAAGCGAAGUCACAGGUGAGAAGCCAUUUCCAUGUUUUGAGUGUGGGAAAUGUAUUGCACACAAAUCAGAUCUCAUUAAACAUGAGAGAAGUCACAGGUGAGAAGCCGUUUUCUUGCUCUGAGUGUGGAAAAUAUUUUACAUGGAAAUUAAAGCUUUUUACAUAUCGGAGAA